AUAUAAAAAUCCCUCAAGUCGGAAUUUAUCAAUAUGUGACUAGUAAUCCAAACAAAAUUUCAGAUGAUAAGAUUAUUUACGUGGAGUGGAUUACUGGUAAAAGCUACACUUUUGGCGAAUUUAAACAUGAAUCGAGAAAGUUUGCUGCAGGAUUACAGGAUAAGUUAGGAUUUCAACUAACGAUGGAUAAUCCAAAAUUUAGAACAAUAGAGGAAUUAUCUUAUCAUUUAACCGAUUCAGGUGCAUCGGUUCUAAUCGUGGAUCCAGAAUUUUUAGAAGCUGCUAUUGAAGCUUCAAUCAAUGCAAAAAUUCCCAUCUCCAAG